AACAGGAAGUUGUUCGGCAGGUUUUUUGGGGGGAGUUGCUGGACAGCCAUUGCCGCGUCGUGGCUCAGUAACAAAACACACCAAAAAGAACGUGGCUGUCAGUGGGAUAUCUUUGUUGGACUGACUACAAGAACGAGCACACUCUGCAAAUCAUCACACCCCCGAGCAACGAGGUUCAUCAGCUCCAGAUAUGGCGUUCGUAUUUGACUGGAUUUAUAGCGGCUUCAAUAGUGUACUACAGUUUUUAGGACUGUACAAGAAGUCAGGCAAGUUAGUAUUCCUGGGCUUGGACAACGCGGGCAAAACCACGCUACUGCACAUGCUCAAAGAUGACAGACUGGGCCAGCAUGUGCCAACUUUACAUCCAACCUCGGAAGAGUUGACCAUCGCUGGCAUGACCUUCACCACCUUUGACCUUGGAGGCCACGCACAAGCACGCAGAGUGUGGAAAAACUACCUCCCUGCCAUAAACGGCAUUGUCUUUCUGGUGGAUUGUGCAGACCUCUCCAGAUUGGGCGAAUCUAAAACAGAACUUGAUGCGUUAAUGACGGACGAGACCAUCGGGAAUGUUCCUAUCCUCAUCCUGGGCAACAAGAUUGACAGAGCGGAGGCCAUCAGUGAGGAAAGACUGAGGGAAAUGUUUGGACUGUACGGCCAGACGACAGGCAAGGGCAGCAUUCCCAUGAAGGAGCUGAACACGAGACCACUGGAGGUGUUCAUGUGCAGCGUGCUGAAGAGGCAAGGCUACGGCGAGGGCUUCCGCUGGCUCUCCCAGUACAUCGACUAGAGUGGGCCUCCUCGCGCCAACCGCCACCCACCACCAGAGGGCGCCACUCUUGAUGCCCCCUUUAUCAUACUCAGCCCCAUGUUUUGGUUCCACCGCCCUCCAAGGAAACCAGUACAACUCGAUCCCAAUAGACUUUUAUUGGUCGAACAUUUGGUUCUGCACUUACAGCACACACACACACACACACACACACACACACACACACACACACUAUAUUCUCAUCCCCCCUCCCUCUCUCUCUGUGCGUAACUUUGGCAGCAAAUGUCCAAACUCGAAAUGGAGGCUUGUUCUUUUUUCUUUCUAUACGGCGUCUGUCCUCUGCUACACCCCCCACCCCCCCACCAAGAUAAAUAGCAUUAUAUUUAAUCAUGCUUUGUUUUAUCAAGAAAGACAUAACGAUGGACUUCUUUUGUGGGGCAUAAAAAAGCCCAGUAGGUGGCGCUAUGUUUCUGCUAUAGCGAGUGUAUGACGGUAGUUAGGGUGAUGAAGCCCCGCCCAUGUGAGCAAUUCAAGAAAAAAAGGACCAAUAAUUAUAAAUAAUAAUAAUAAUAAUGUAUGAAAUGUACACAAACAUUGUACAUGGAUGUUGUAUCCUUUUACCACACACUUUUAUGCAUGCCUUCUUCUUUUCCACUUGUAACAACCAACCCCUUAUUAGUAGUAGUCGUAUGAUUAUGAUUAUUAUUAUUAUAAUAAUUACAGAGAGUAGCAGAGGGAUGAAAUGCCAAAACUGACUUUAGGAGACAGAGAUGGAAUCAAUGUUAAGAGUAUCCACAUGCUUUGUGUCUUUCAUUCCAGCAUUGAAUGAAGUAAGGAGGUGACGAGGGUGUUGUUUGCAUCAUAAACGUGGAAUAAAUGUUUGCAAUGAAUAA